AUGAUGAAGGCCAUGAGACUCGGCUUCCUCGCUCUAUCCGUCGCCUGUGUAUCGGCUGCCGCGCCGUACACUGGCGGUGACACCUCCGGCUGUGGAAAGUCUCACUUGUUCAACGGCAUCCCACAGAACCGAUCCCUCCAGUCGGGCGGCGUGGAACGCAGUUACACAAUCCACGUCCCGAACAACUACUCCGAGGACCAACAGUACCCGACCAUUCUCGGCUUCCACGGCUCCGACAGCAUCGGCCUCUUCUUUGAGGUCGACACCGGGUUUGAUAGCGAACAGUUCACCGGCGACAAGAUCAUGGUGUAUCCCAAUGGACUGGGCGGCGCCUGGGCUGGAGCGAACUAUUCCGAGGCCACAGUCGAGCAAGACUUGCAAUUUGUCUGGGACAUGCUGGUCGAUUUGAGGCAGAAUUUCUGCAUUGACAGUGCCCGGAUCUAUGCGACCGGCAUGUCGAUUGGUGGAGGAUUUGUCGAUACCAUUGCAUGCAAUGCCACUGUCGGCGGCGAGUUUGCGGCUUUUGCGCCUGCGUCUGGAUCCUUCUAUACCGACAAUGAUUCAAAUUACGAGGCUUGUGAGCCUGCGCGUGUGCCUGUGCCGAUUCUCGAGUUUCACGGCGGCGCAGACACUGAUGUACCGUAUGCCGGUGGAGAGGGCGAGGGUGGCAUUGAGCCCUCCAUUCCCAACUGGCUCAGCCGAUGGGCGCAGCGCAACCAGUGUGAUGAACCGUAUCAGCAGGAAGAUUUGUUCGAUAACGAUGUUCAUCACCUUAGCUGGACUUGCGGCGGCCAGGAGGGUGUUAUGCAGCACUACAAGACCGAUGACCAGAAGCACGACUGGGCUUCACCCGAUAUCAACUUUUCACAAAUCGCUGCUGGAGAUUUGCCAACUCACAUUUCGGCGACUACUCUUGUGAUUGAGUUUUUCUCGCAAUUUACUCGACCCGCGGUCUAA